UAGAGAGCUGAAUUGUGGGAUUGCUGUGUCUGUUGUGGGAGUGGACUGGUUUGGAGAGGGAUCUGGUGAAAUCUGGGCUGAUGUGUUUGAUUGUCAGGGGAAUGAAACAAAACUCUCAGAAUGUUCAAUCUCUUCAUGGAGUCGAGCUGAAUCCUCUCAUAAACAAGAUGUUGGAGUCAUUUGUUCUAGUGAGUGAACUUCACUCUGUCAUUAACAUGAAGUUACUGUAGCGUGAUCGUAAUCAAUCUGAAAAUGUCAAAUCCUUUCUCCAGAUUCCUCUCUGUCUCUUCAUGAUGGUCGAGUGAGGUUGUCUGGAGAGAGAGAGUGUGAGGGUGAGGUGGAAGUUUACAUUCAUCAGGUUUGGAGGAGAGUUCUGCUGGACUCCUGGAGUCUCACUGAAUCCUCUGUGGUCUGCAGACAGCUGGGCUGUGGCUCUGUGCUGAACUUCACUAAAUCCUCUUCAUCCAGUGAUGAACACAGUUAUGAGUGUGUGAUGGGCUUCCAGUGCUCUGGGACUGAAGAUCAUCUGAGGAACUGCAGCUCUCCACAAACUCUCAACUGCAGCUCCAGACAACAGCUGGCAAUCACCUGCCAAAAACUCAUAGGUCAGAGGUCGAUCAGGUUGGUGGGUUCUGGUGGAGAUUGUGCAGGAAGGCUGGAGGUUUUUCACAAAGGCUCAUGGGGUACAGUGUGUGAUGACUCCUGGGAUAUUAAAGAUGCUCAUGUGGUGUGCAGACAGCUGCAGUGUGGAGUGGCUCUCAGUAAUCAGCCAGUACCAGCCUGGUUUGGUUCUGGUUCUGGACCCAUAUGGCUGGAUGAUGUGAACUGUGAGGGGAAUGAGACGUCACUGUGGAGCUGCUCUUCACGGGUCUGGGGAGAUCAUGACUGUAAACACAAGGAGGAUGUAGGAGUCGUGUGCUCAGGUAAGAAGUAGAAAUGUAGAAAAUAUGUUUUGUCUUUUCAGUUAAUUGUAUAUGUGAAUGAUGUGCAGCUGCAUCUAAUAAAUUACAUUUUUGUUUUGUUUUGAGUUAUUUGCUUUCUUAUGGCGGCUUAAGUUCAUCUUAAACUCAUUCUUAAUCCAAUUUUUCAAUCUAGAGUUUAAAGAGCUCAGGUUAACUGAAGGCUGUGAAGGGAAUGUGGAGGUUUUCUACAAUGGAUCCUGGGGUAAUGUUUGCUGGAAUCAGAUGGAAAGAGACACAGCGAGUCUGAUCUGUCAAGAGCUGAACUGUGGAAGAUCUGGCAGUCUGUCUGAUUCCACAUCAAGAGUGCCAUCAGCUCAUAACUGGUUGGAUAAUGUUAAAUGUCGACCACACGACUCAAGUCUGUGGCAGUGUCCGACUUCACCCUGGGGACAGAAUGACUGUAGUCAAAAUGAAGUGGCUCAUAUCAUCUGCUCUGGUAAUAUAAAAAAUAAAAAAAUGUCUUGUAUUAAAGUUUCUGUUCAUUUUUCCUGUGAAAUAUAUUGAAAAAAAUUAUAAGUCUAAUGGUCGGUUUCCCGGAUAGGGCUCAAGUCUAGUCCAAGACUAAAAUGCUUGUUUGAGUUGUCCUGAAAUCAGCUUGCACUGUCACAUCUUAAAAUAUAUCAGUGCCAUUGUUUUGUCUCAAGAUGCACAACAUGUUUUUUGUAAGGUAUGUUUGUAAAAAACUAUAGUUAAAUGUCGUAAAUUAACCAAGACCUAGUCCUGGUUUAAAGGUGCAGUGUGUUUUUUGAAGAAACUCUUAACAGAAAUGCAAAAUAAUAUACAAACUAUAUUGUCAGGGGUGUAUAAAGACCUUUCA